UCAAGGUUUCUCAUUCUCAAUUAAGUGGAGUAAUUGGUUUCUGAGCUGUGAGGAAUUCAUUGGUUUCAACGAUUGUGAAAUUGCGCAGAUUGAAUGGACCUUUUAUCUACGUUGCCGGAGGAGUGUUUAUCGGAGAUUCUGCAGCGAACUUCGCCUGCGGAUGCCUUAAGAUUCGCUACGGUCUCAAAAGGGUUGAAAUCCGCGGCUGAUGCCGACGCUGUUUGGGACGGAUUUCUGCCGGAGGAUUUGCCGGAAAUUAUAUCAAGAUCUGUAUCUCUGGUAGUUUACGCCACGAAGAAAGAGCUAUACUUGAGCCUUUGCAACUCUCCCAUUCUUAUCGAUGCUGGAAAAUUGAGCUUUUGUCUGGAAAGAAAGAAGGGGAAGAAGUGCUACAUGGUGGGAGCAAAGGAGCUGGGAAUUAUCUGGUGUGGCGACACCUCAGGUUUCUGGGAGCUGACACCCCAUCCAGAUUCAAGAUUCUCAGAGGUUGCUCUGUUAAACGAAGUUUUCUGGCUUGAAAUCAGAGGCACCAUAAACACACGGAUGCUAUCCUCCCACACUGUCUACGGAUGUUAUCUCGUCUUCAAGCUAGACCAGAGUCCUCGCGGACUCCAAUCAGCAAAUGCGUUUGUGAGAUUCACGAAUGAUGAAGUCGACGGUGAUGAUGAGAGGGCAGCUAUUCUGGAUCACUUCGAGCGGGAGAAUGGUCGUGACCGAUGCAGAGGGAGUGGCAAGGGGCCGGUAAGGAUAGGCGACGGCUUGACAGAGAUUUCGAAGGUGCACCUGCAAUGCCCCAGCAGAUCUCAGCAGCGGGAGAGUGGAAGAGUAGCUGUUGGGAGAGGUGAUGGAUGGAUGGAGGUGGAGUUGGAUAGCUUCUAUAACGAUGGAGGUGACGACGGCGUGGUGGAGACAUGGCUGAUGGGGAAGGAUGGCUCUCAAAUGAAGUCGGGUCUCAUCGUUGAGGGCAUUGAGUUUAGGCCUAAGCCAAUAUACACUUCGUUUCAAGGAUUUGAGUUCCCCUCAAUUUUGAAAGAAAGAGCGACCAAUAUGUCGAAAAACUACGACAAUUGGGAGAAGCUAGUCGGAGCCGUGCUGAAGUUAGAGCAGUUCAGGCAACUUGCUGCGCUCAACUCAACAAGUUGCAGCACCAUCAGCGACGACGACAUAUCAUUUUCAUGGCUUGACGAUGACGCCCCAAAACAUCCAACACUCUCACUUUAUUAUGAUGCAACAUAUACGGCAACCAUUUGGGGAAUGUUCCUUUCUCCACCUCAAGAAACAAUACCAAGAUUGGUACCUGGGAAAGUGGUGUUUCUUCCGGUUGAAGCUAGAGAAUUUAUGAUUCAGACUCAAGAUUCUCCAGCGCAGGAUUUUCCUUUCUCUAGCAACGAUUCCGGGUUUGAAACAGUGGAGAUCAAUUCUUUUUCAGCAGUCGAUAUUCGAGGGAAGAUCGGAACGCGUCUGCUGACCUCCAAGACCAUUUAUGGGGCGUAUCUAAUCUUUAAAUUAGCAUACGACCCCUAUGAUGGCGAGAGGGACAGAGGGAGAGAGAAGGCAGUAUGCCGUAGUGAUGGAUGGACAGAAUUCCAAAUAGGAAGUUUUUAUGUGGAUGGCGGAGACAAGCAGGAGGUGGAAGCGCAUGUCGCCGAGACAAGUAAUCGGUGGAAGGGUGGUCUUAUAGUUGGGGGAAUCGAGUUUCGACCUCUUGUCAGCGUUAAGCAACUCUGAUAUCUUUGUGUUUUCUUUGUACAUCAUGUUUUAUAAAGUAAGGAACACAAGCUUUAUUAUAAGGCCAUGUUCUAAUUUCCUCAUUUCAGAUUAUUCAAUCGACAACAUGAACACAUGUAUGUUUAUCAA